GAAGGUUAGGGUUUAUGCCCAGCCCCCUGACACUGUAUAAAAUGCAUUCGCCAACUUCGCUCCUUCCACCACUCCAACCACUCUCCUCCGCAGCGCCGCCGCCAAUCUACCACCAGCUGGUCAGAAGCUCCGAGGUUGACAUCUGGAAGGAAAAUGUCUGGUGAAGAUGCUCCUGUUGCAGAGGCUCCAGCCCCAGCUCUUGGGGAGCCUAUGGAUAUCAUGACUGCUUUGCAGCUAGUCCUGAGGAAGUCACGGGCUCAUGGUGGCCUUGCUCGAGGUCUUCAUGAGGCUGCCAAGGUUAUUGAGAAGCAUGCUGCUCAGCUUUGUGUUUUGGCAGAGGAUUGUGACCAGGCAGAUUAUGUUAAAUUGGUGAAAGCUCUAUGUGCUGAUCACAAUGUUAGCUUGAUAACAGUGCCUAGUGCUAAAACUCUUGGCGAGUGGGCUGGACUCUGUAAGAUCGACUCCGAAGGAAAAGCAAGGAAGGUGGUUGGUUGCGCUUGUGUUGUUGUGAAGGAUUACGGGGAAGAAAGUGAGGGCCUUCAUAUUGUUCAAGAGUAUGUGAAAUCCCAUUAGAUGGAUUCAGCAUGAAGACCCCUUGUUAUAGAGAGCAUUUUUGGUUUGGAUUCUGUUUAACCAGUCUCAGAUUUUGCUGUGUUUAGUAAUCUUUCCUAGUUAUCGAGGGGACUUGAAGACUCUUAUGUACGAAUAUGCUCAUUUUUGUCAAAUUUUCUUGAAUCCUGUUGUAUUACUAUUAAGUGUUGAAUUGAAAUGAUUAUUCCUAGUGAUUUAAACUAACUAUGUGAAUGCCCUUAAAA